CAAGACACCCAGACAGUCCAGAAAUGCUCUGACCACACCAAUGGAACGAAUACUCCGCUCCGCGCUGAGAAGCGCAACGCCCGGCGCCGUCUUCCGCCUCACCCUCGACGGCCUGGGCCUGUUCUGCGCAUGCACUCUGGUCUGGGAGCACCUGAUCACCGUGCAGCUCAGCGAAGGACCCUCGAUGUACCCGACGUUCAACCCGCGGGGCGAUUACCUGAUGAUAUCGCGGGUGCACAAGUACGGCCGGGGGAUUGAAGUCGGUGAUGUGGUUCGGUUUUACCAUCCGACGUUCUUGGGAGUCAAUGGUGCGAAGAGAGUGAUUGGGAUGCCGGGGGAUUUUGUCUGCAGGGAUCUGCCGUUUAGUACGGAGGUUGGGACGAGUCGGGAGAUGAUACAGGUACCCGAAGGCCAUGUGUAUCUCGGCGGAGACAACCUGCCCUGGUCGAGGGAUUCGAGGAAUUAUGGGCCUAUUCCUAUGGGGUUGAUUAACGGGAAGAUUAUUGCUCGUGUUUGGCCACCGUCUAAGAUGCAAUGGGUGGAGAAUACUCUGCGGCCAGCUCAGUUGGACGAGGAAUAGACGGGUUCCCGGCGGUUAUAACAUGAUUUGCGGCGCAUAGUUGAGGCGAAGGUUAGGAGUUCGGAGUUGGUUAAACUUGUGUACAUAUUCAUACAUGUCGGUUGUACAAUACAGAUCUAUCACCUG